AUGGCCGACAUCACUUACAGUGACAUUAUUCAAUUCAUCCACCUUUCACUUAUCCCACAAGUUGGCCAAACUAAAUCAGAAAUUCUCAAUAAGCUGAUAACUUACAACUACACCUUGAGUUUAAAAGACUUGCAGGAAAUGGAACAAGAAAUUACUAAUCUUUUUUCUACAAAUACCCAGAUCGCUCAGGCUGCCCAAAACCUUUACUAUGCUUGUUAUUUUCAAGCGGUUUUGGACACCCAUCCAUUUGAUACAACGUAUUUAUCCUUUACAAUCGAUGUCAUUUCCUACCUCCGUGAGCAUUGCCCAGAAUUAGAUAUAAAAGAGUCUGUUUACUCAAUCCUCUGCAAAGUUGUCAUAGCCCUAAUUUCAUGCAAAGACAUAAACGACGUUUUUAAUUGGGCUGAUAAAAUAAAGCAAAUUAAAGAGCAACUACAGUAUAAUGAGACAGAAGUUGAAGAAGCCUGGGUGACCACAAAAAUCAAGACGAUUUUGCUAGAAAGGGUGUGUGAUCCUAACAAAGAAACAAUAAAAUGGUGCAUUCAAGCCAUAAAGAUGAUUGAAAGCUCAGGAUUCAAUAUAACUUAUAUAAAACAAGUUGCUAAAAAAAAAUGCAUAAUUAAAAUAUGGCGUCUUCGUCUGGGCAUGGCCUCCCGGCCAUGCAGCCUCGACUCAUAUUUUAAUUAUAUCCGGCAAGGUUUUGCCAUUCAGAGAGAGACUGCAAUGCUAGGUAAGCAAUUCUGGCUGCGUACAGAGCCUAGCCCUAGUCUAUUCUCAGGGUGGUUUUUUCCUCAUGGGAAAGGAGGGCACGGAAGUGGAAAGGGGAAGCCCAGCAAAGUCCUUAGGACCAAUCGGGCAACUCCCUAGCGUGAAACUGGGCGUUACGUCCCAGGCUACGUGUUUUUCCUUUUUGCCGAUAGCCUACCAGAAAAUCCAUUUUUUGGGUUUUCGGAAUUGCAACCCAUGUCACAAGCAAGUAGCUCAUCCAUGAGCCGUCGAAGUCGGCAACACUUGCCAGGAGGCGCACCUUGGUGAAACGAAGCGGACCUGCCCAGAGGUCUGUGGGCCCGAUGCGGCGAGAGGCGAGCGGAAGGCCUGGGAUUUGCUAACCCCGUGAGUGGACGUUUAUUUAUUUAUUUAUUUUUACGGUUUUCGUCCAGCAUUUGGACCAACUUUUUCCUCCAAAGUGUUUUCUAAUUUUAAAAAUUUCUCCAAUAAACCUCCUUAUUUCUUCAUUAACCUUCCAAAUAUGUUCACUAUGUUUCAAACGCAUAAUUUUGUCAAACCUCCAACCAUACAGAAUUAUUUCAGUAAGACUCAGUAAAUAAAAAUCAUCCUUUAGGAAUUUUUCCAUUUCUUUUAUUAGUUUCACCCUGCUACUCUCAUAUAUGUAGCAAUUUUCAAUGACAUGUUCUUCAUCUUCAACUUGUCCCCCGUGAGUGGACGUUAAGCGUGUGUAUACGUAUUAAGUAAGUAAGUAAGCUAUAAAAAAUGCACUGGAUUGGAUUGAGACUACCAACGAUAUCUUAAAUAUAGCAGAAAUCACUGGAGACCCAGUUCAAAAAGAUGAAGAUGGGGCCAGAGAAAUUCUGGAGCUUUUAAAAGAACUGCAGAUUGGCGAUGAAGAAGUCACUUCUGCAAUAAAUGCUUUAAGUGAUAAAUUUGGAGUAAAGCUAAGUCCUGAAGCUCAGACUAAAACAGUAAUAGCAAAAGAAAGGAUCAAGUUUUUGUAUCCUCCGUUAUACUCAAAUACAAAUGAGCUUACCAAGCUGAAUAUCACGGUGUGGAAAGGAGUUCUUGACGGCUCAAAAGAAAUUGCUAUAAAAUCUUAUAGCCACUGGAAAGCAGAAUUACUGAACCAAUAUCAAAAAGAAAGAGAAAUUCUUGAAGGGAUUUCAGGUCAGCACUCCACAUUUUUAGAGUUUUACGGGUCAUAUACAGAAGAAGUGAUUGAAAGGGGAAACAGAAUGUAUUCGUUUGCAAUGGCAAUGGAACUGUGCGAGACCACUUUAAUUGUUGAUAUCACAAGAAGGGCCCGAGAAAUAAGGCCUUACAAUAUAUCAGAAUAUCAAACUUUAGUUUCAAGCCUUUUGGAAGGUUUCAGCUACCUUGAAGCAAGAAAAAUUUACCACCAAGAUAUCAAGCCUCACAAUAUAUUUAUAACAAGAGACGGAAAACCAAAAAUUGCUGAUUUCAGUGUUUCCAUGACAACAGAAGUGAGACUGACUUCUUUUAUGACAACUGGAAUGAAUUUGAUUCAAGGAACAGAAGGAUAUAUGUCUCCUGAACUCCAUAAAGCUUACAAAGAACUUAAAGCUAGCCCUAAUGCCCCUAAGAAGAUCAAGUACAAGCCAAGCAAAUCUGAUGUCUACUCUUUAGGUUUGGUGUUUUUACAAAUGUAUACCUUAUCUCCUGUAGAUGGAUACAAUGAAGAAGAAUUUCAGCCUCAUUUGCAGGAAUAUGUGGCACAAUUCCAGCCAGAAUGGGUGGCUAAUAUGCUAAAAAAGAUGCUAAAUCCAGAUGCAAGGAAAAGAAUAAGCUUUGUAAAAAUGUACUCGCAAAUCAAUAGCGAUCCAACUUAUGUAGCUUCUUAUCAGACACCUCAAUAA